UAUGACUCUAGGUUUAUAAAUGGUAUAUUUUAGGUGAUAUCACGUGAGAGGAGUGGCUAGAGGUAGAAGUAUUUAGCAGUAUUGAGUGCACACAACAGAGCAACAUUGAGAACGAGAUGCUCCAGACUGGAUCCCAGAUGUUCCCAUUUUUGGCUCUCGGAUUUGCUUGCCUGAUGUGUUGCUUCACCACUGGGGAAGCAGCCUCGGGAUCUAAUGCAGCGCCAGGAAAUAUCUGUCACCGAAUAUCCUACAGGGGUGUCAGCUAUGACGCCCAUGAGACCGUUUGCUGUCAGGAUCACAUUCAUCAUGGGAGAGGGCUUUCCUGUUGCGGAAAGCUUGCAUACAAUCCCGAAAAUGCCACCUGUUGUGAAGAUGAGAUUACGGAGGGUUUCAGUGAAAAUGUGUCCAAAUGCUGUGGAAAUAAGCCCUACAACCCACUCAAUGAAAUAUGCUGUCAGACAACCAUCACUGCCAAAUCUUCUCUAAUGGUCCAAUGUUGUGGUGAAGUGAUGUAUGAUGAGCAAAAUCAGUUAUGUUGUGGACCGGAAAAUAAAAAGACGCUCCAGACCAGAAAGUCCACUAACCACCAGUGUUGUGGUCAUGAUAAACAGUUCGACAAGAACACUGAAUGCUGUUGCAUGACUGCAACUGCUAUGGUCGUAUCCAAGGGUUCAACAUGCUGUGAGUCUCGAAAACAGCAGAAAAACGACUCGUUUCCAGUUAAGAGAGAAGAUCAAUCUCCACCGACGUGCACGGAACCAAACACAGGUGUCUGCGGGCAAAAUUGUUACGAUCCAAGCAAGAAACACUGCUGUGAGAGACACCGCACAAAGCCUGAUCUGUGCUCUGCCUCAGAUCAAGGCGAUCCAUCACCCACUGUGUAUGACCCACACUCACAGGUGUGCUGUGAUGGCCAAGUACAUAGGUGGAGGUCUCCUCUUGAACAAUGCUGUGGAGAUUCACUGUAUAGCUUGGCCGAACGUGGAGUCCUCUGCUGCAAUAACACCUUGUACCGGGACAGAGAGGAUGGGGACGAAUGCUCGGACAUCAGCAUUCCUUACAACCCAGCUAAAGGGACUAUGUGCUGUUCUCAGCUUCAUGCCUCCCCUGGAAACCACUGCUGUGGGACACAUUUCUACAAUCCUCACACUGAGAUCUGUUGCGAUGGACACAGCCAUCACAAAGAGCACAACAGUUACUGUUGUGGAGUUCACGCUUACAACAUUAAAGACCCACAUAUGAAGUGCUGCGCAGGAACACUGUACAACCUGACAGUUACAACUCACAUGCAGUGCUGUGGCUCCGUUCUGCACAACACAACGAACCAAGUUUGCUGCCGCAGUGAGGGCCAAGAGGUGCUCUACUCUGCCAUGAAAAAGUUUGAAUGCUGCGGUCACCACUACUACAACACCACACUGUGGUCAUGCUGUGGAGGGAGACUAAUCCCCAAAACAAAGCACGAGUCACCACCAACGACUCAUGAGCUCAGGCUUCUGUCGGUGAACAAUCUGGUGAACUACGAAAAAGACCAUUGCAACGAAAUCUUCAUUGGGACCGUGGAAAGUGUGUCUCCGGAGAGCGUUGUGUUCAACAAUGUGUUGAGAAUCAAUGGAAGAAAUGCCACAGUCCAAGCACUGCCUUUGCGCAUCAUGGAAAAACGUGAUCACUGCAGAUUGCCCAAACUGAUCCGUGGGAAGUCCUACUUCUUUGACAAAUAUACCGUCUUCACUAAUGUCAACCCCGGCUUCAUUUACCAAGCACUUCAUUACAUCGUUUCCAAGUGUUCUACUUAGAUCACAGCUAUUCGAUCUACACUUGCUGGUCAGUGUUGAUCAAGCACUCAUUCUUAUUUACAUACUCACACAUUAUACAUUACAAAGAAUAACAACAUGACUGUCAACGUAGCCGUCACGAAUGACAUCAAUAAGAGUGCAUUACUAGACUCUGCCAUUCUAAUGCCACCCACAUUACAUGGUCUGUGACACGUAGCUCUAAAGUUGAACUCGUCCCCAACAGCCUGGUCACAGACAGACAUGGAAUAAUGGUGCUUAAAACUCAGUACAACGUUUCAGUUUUCACUCAGUAUCAAAUUGUAAUUGUUCACACAACUUGUGACUAAAGCCAGUCAUCACUACUGCAACAGAAUGAGAAUCUAAGUAUGUAGUAUCUUGACUCCACAUAAGCUAACUGCAAAUACAUUUUGUUAUUUGAAAUAUUCUGUUCGUCUUUUUUAUGCUACAUUGAUUUUUGCACUGUAUGACAUCCUAAAUGGCAAAUGUUUGCACAUCACACAAUUGAAUGUUUACAUGCAAAUCGCAUGAUUUAUUAUAUCUCGAUGGAUAAAGCUCGCAAAUAAUAAGUACUAAAUCGACAUCAGGGAUACAGAUAUGCUAUAAGAUUCCAAAUUUUUAUUUUGAUGCUCUGAACUUUCCUGGCACCAUGACCGACUGUUUUUUGUUUUUAUUCUACAUUCAGACUACCAAUUUUCAUGUGAAUAUGAUUUAUGUAGUAGGCUGUAAUGGUGCAAAUGGCAGCUGCAUUUGCACAUUUGAUGUACUGUACGUAUCAGGUUGAAAAUCGAUGCAGCAGAAACAGAAGAUAUUGCAUGUUUAACUAUGUUUUAUGACGUUGCUGGCAUUCCAUUUUACACUGCAUGUUUAUAUAGGACCUACCGGGUUUGCCUUAAGAUUAAGCUUUGAACAAUAAAGAGCACUUAUAAUUAAA